AUGCAGUAUUUCAAUACCGAAGUGACUUUAAUCAGCAAUGGUGCCGUUUAUGCACAAGUCAUUUUGACAGUUCGUUCAACUUGUUCUCUUGAUUUCUCUGCAUAUCCUAAUGACAUUCAAAGUUGCUUGCUGACUAUGUUUACACCAUUGCCUAUGUCCAGACUAAGGUUCUCGAGAUGGACUUCUCUGACCCGAAAAUCAAGUAUAUUUGGUAGUUUGAUGGAUGAGAAAAGAAUCAUUCGUUCGGGUGAAUUUGAAGUUACCAAUUUAUCUGCAACGCCACUCUUCAUCCUUCGAUUUGGCAAAAUUACGGUUAAUGAGAGCGCGGAUCAACCCGAUUUGAUGCGAUCAAUAAUACGUUUUGAGAUAAAAUUUCGGAGAGUAGGAUAUUAUUAUCUGAUGACUGUUGCCUUACCACUGUUUUGCUUGGCAACAGCUACAUACAUAGUGGGAACAGUUGCAAGUGAUUCCAAUUCUAUAGUAUGGCUGAUGUUGUGUCUUGUCGUUCAGAUUAUGAAUUAUACUCAGAUGCUUAAUAGGCUACCACCAAAUCAGCACAGUAUUCCUCUUUGUGCAAAAAUGGCCACUCUGAUAAUGUUGGAAACGUCUGCAUUGAUCUUAUAUCGAGCGGUGACUACAUUUUGUCAUAACUGCUCUACUGAGAAAGCAGAGAUAUUGAAAUAUUGGUCAACAUCAAAGGUUGAGAAAGCACUUCGCAUACUACUACUUUUUCACACUGGUGUUAACGGAAUCUUGUUGUUCUAUUAA